GAAGGAGGGGAGAAGGGAGGGAGCAAAGACACCGCUCUGCCCCAACCAAGAACAAUUUGAAAACCCACCCCAUCAUACUUAAAAUCUAGGACAAAGAGCCGUCGGGACGGAACUGCUUCGACUGCAAAGCUUCAAGCUUAGCCUGGGAGCGGCCUGACGGCCCGAACCCAGCAGCUCCGCUGAGCAGAGCGCCCUGGGGUCCCUGAAACCCGAAACCCCGGCGCAGAACCGGCGGAAACCAGAGCGAAACCCUUGAACUUUUCUGGACAAUUGCUUCCGGGCGUUUCCAGGGAGCCAAGGGACCCGACGGGAGUCCCGGGCCGCGUAUGGCUAGCCCCUGAGGUCCCGCGGACGCAAGAGAGGCCAGCGCUCCAUCUGUAGCAUGGACCGCGCGGGGCGCCUGGGCGGCCUGCGGGGACUCUGUGUGGCUGCGCUCGUGCUCGUGUGCGCCGGACACGGAGGACGUCGCGAGGAUGGGGGACCAGCUUGCUAUGGGGGAUUCGACCUCUACUUCAUCCUGGACAAGUCAGGAAGUGUGCUCCACCACUGGAAUGAAAUCUACUACUUCGUGGAGCAGCUGGCUCACAGAUUCAUCAGCCCUCAGCUAAGGAUGUCCUUCAUCGUCUUCUCCACUCGAGGGACAACCUUAAUGAAGCUAACUGAGGACAGGGAACAGAUCCGACAAGGCCUAGAAGAACUCCAGAAAGUUCUGCCAGGAGGAGACACUUACAUGCAUGAAGGAUUUGAAAGGGCCAGUGAGCAGAUUUACUAUGAAAACAGUCAAGGAUACAGGACAGCGAGUGUCAUCAUCGCACUGACAGAUGGAGAACUGCAUGAAGAUCUCUUCUUCUACUCAGAGAGGGAGGCUAACAGAUCCCGAGACCUUGGUGCCAUCGUUUACUGUGUUGGUGUGAAGGAUUUCAAUGAAACUCAGCUGGCUCGGAUUGCAGACAGUAAGGACCAUGUGUUUCCUGUGAAUGAUGGCUUCCAGGCCCUUCAAGGCAUCAUCCACUCAAUUUUAAAGAAAUCCUGCAUCGAAAUUCUAGCGGCUGAACCGUCUACCAUAUGCGCAGGAGAGUCCUUUCAAGUGGUCGUAAGAGGAAACGGCUUCCGACAUGCCCGCAAUGUGGACAGGGUCCUCUGCAGCUUCAAGAUCAAUGACUCGGUCACACUCAAUGAGAAGCCCUUUGCUGUGGAAGACACUUACUUGCUGUGCCCAGCACCCAUCUUAAAAGAAGUUGGCAUGAAAGCGGCCCUGCAGGUCAGCAUGAAUGACGGCCUGUCCUUCAUCUCCAGUUCCGUCAUCAUCACCACCACACACUGCUCAGACGGCUCCAUCCUGGCAAUCGCCCUGCUGAUCCUGUUCCUGCUGCUGGCCCUGGCCCUGCUCUGGUGGUUCUGGCCCCUCUGCUGCACAGUGAUCAUCAAGGAGGUCCCUCCACCCCCUGUUGAGGAGAGUGAGGAAGAAGACGAUGAUGGUCUGCCAAAGAAGAAAUGGCCCACGGUAGACGCCUCUUACUACGGUGGACGCGGUGUUGGAGGCAUUAAGAGGAUGGAGGUCCGCUGGGGAGAAAAGGGCUCCACAGAAGAAGGUGCUAAGUUGGAAAAGGCAAAGAAUGCGAGAGUCAAGAUGCCGGAGCAAGAGUAUGAGUUCCCGGAGCCCCGAAAUCUCAACAACAACAUGCGUCGGCCUUCUUCCCCCCGGAAGUGGUACUCGCCCAUCAAGGGAAAACUCGAUGCCUUGUGGGUUCUGCUAAGGAAAGGAUAUGACCGAGUGUCCGUGAUGAGGCCACAGCCAGGAGACACAGGGCGCUGCAUCAACUUCACCAGGGUGAAAAAUACUCAGGCAGCCAAGUACCCCCUUAACAACACCUACCACCCCAGCUCCCCACCUCCUGCUCCUAUCUACACGCCCCCACCCCCUGCUCCCCACUGCCCUCCCCCAGCCCCCAGUGCCCCCACUCCUCCAAUCCCCUCCCCACCAUCCACUCUCCCCCCUCCUCCUCGCCCACCCCCUAACAGGGCACCACCUCCCUCCCGACCUCCUCCAAGGCCUUCUGUCUAGAACCCAAAGUCUGUGCUCUGGGCUGCCUGAGAAACUCCAGGAGGAGGCUCCUCUGCUCUCAGAAAGAUCUUCCCAGCCCAAGGUGGUGAGCGGUGACUGGCUUGGCACGAUUUAAAAGCAAAUCGUGGCGGGCAGAAUGAAAUGGAAAUUUGGACUGCCUGAAGGCAAACGAUGAGACAAUUGCAGUCACGUUUCUAGCCUGUGACCUCUCACCUCUAGAAGAAGGUUCCAGAGAUGGCUACACUGCCAAGAUGCUCUCAACCAGAUCAUGCCCCAUGGAGACCAGGAAGAAAGUAAUUUCUGAGAAUGGAAUGCAGCAUUGGAUAAGAACUAACCUGGCUGAGAUUCUAAGUGCCACCUUCCUCCAUGACUUGACUCCUGACCCUUGAACUGGGAACCAGACCAUCCUUAUACCUGGGCACCGCCCAGCAACUCUGAAAGGUGUGGCGUCCCUAGAGUACAUCAAGCAGGUAUCCAGUGGGAUCUGCAGGUUGUCUUAAAAAAAGAACGCAUGCUCUGUUCUCCUUCCCAAACCUCCCCAUUUCCCAGGAAGGAGGGAAGCAGCAUUUGCAACGGGAAAGGUGUGUUGCUAUGCUGAGAAGUUAGCAGAGUCGGUCCUUAGCACGGAUGGAGUGUCGAUGGGAGCCUCCAGCUGUUACUCUAGAGGUGGCUUCCUUCAGCCAGGCACAGUCCCUAAAUCACCAAGCCUUAUCAUGUCAAAGGCAGCCUGCUAAUGAUUCACCUUGAACAUCAAGGUUUGGUUUUGGCAUAGAUCAAAGCUGAUCACAUGGUCCCUUCCACAUGAGAUCACAAGGUCCUUCAUCAUCAGUACACCAGAGAUUUCCAAGUCCACCUGAGAGACAGUAGUCCUGACUUGAUAGGAAAACUAUCCCCAGUUGAUUCCCUCUGAAACAGGCCAUUUUGUACAGAGGCAGGUAUUUCUCCGUGGCCCUCCAGUCUACUCACAAAUAUUACCAGUUGUUAAGCAAGGGGAAAAACACCCUGUGUGUAACACAGAAAAGCUCUACCUGAAACCCCCACCCCAUUCCUCCACAUCAUUCUGAAGCUGCCUUUAACAGCCUCACGUGAACCCUGGACAUUGUCACCCAACCGUGAAAACAGAGGUCAUUGUCAAAGGCAGUGUACAGCCCAUCCAAAAUCAUGCUUCCACCCUCAGUUUUCCAUGGACCCUGAAAUUCCUGUCUCAGGCUCCUAAAACUCUAAACUCUUCCCUUGAACAAAAGAUAUAAAAUAAAUACAAGCUUUUGGGCAUUGGGCUGUGGUCUACAAAGAUCCCUUAAGAACUCAAGUUAGCCUCAUUCUUUCAGUUUGUUUAGUACAGAGGCAUCAGGUGUGGUGCAUUCCAUAGGCACCAAUUCUUGUUCCCAAGGCAGACAUUAUUAAUCAGUCUCAGCACUACUUCUCAGUUUAGCCCAAUGAUAUUUUCCCCUAAUACUUCCAACCACAGCUCUAAUGGCCUGUCAGUCAUCAGUUAGAAUUGACAGAGAUAAACACUAUUUCCAAUACCUUAGAAAAGCAGAGGAGAAUGAGGGAGCCACCAGCAUAAAAGGUACUGUCUGGGGAAAAUCGACCUAGGAGUGCCCAAGUCCAUGAUCAUGAUGUCCCAAGUGUACCCAGACCUCACCCUCCUCCCUGUGGUUGCCAUUCCCUGCUUUUCAGGACUUAGGAAAGCGACCUCCCUCCCUCCUACUGUGCCCUGCGCUGUUCACUUUUAGAACAAAGCUUCUUUAGUGUAGUCCCUCGUUAACAAGGGCCAGAAUGUCUCAGCCACCUGUGGUGACAUUGCUGGGCCCCAGAAAACCAUUCCUAGGAGAAUGGGCUCCGGAGACUCGCAGCUUGCGGACCUACGAGGAGCCCCCAAGGCCACUGUUUUGACCGCUGGCGGUGCAAAACAGGCCACCCCCCACCACGGCUGCACGGUUGUGUGGCCACAAGAAAGUCCGAACCAAGAUGCUGGCGUUGCUGUUCAACAAAAGUGGGCUCCGGGGAAGGCGGCAGGCUCCCAAGAGCAGGCCACCCUGAGCCCUGUGCAGUUUUCCAAGAGGUCGUGGCGAAGUGUCUGAGGAAUAAGGAAUGUUGAUACGUGGUGAUUCUGAGAAGAAUUUGCAAGGUUUGACCUUAGAAUUGACCCAAUAUGUCUUCCCUGGUCAUUCAGAAUUAUGGUUAGAAGUUUCUAGAAAAUGAACAAGGUUACUACCUUUCAUAGUAGGCUACUCUGGGCAGGAGAAGUCUGCCUGGUUUCCAAAGUCCAUCGGUCCUGUGUCAUUCCCUGUAAGUGACAGGAGAUGGUGGUUGUAAUUAGGAAACUGCACGUGUUAUUUGUUUGGCCCCUUGUUAUUGUCCUUAUGAAGUUUUUUUUUUAUAUAAAAGCCAAAUUGUGUUGUAUAUAUUCAUAUUCCACGUGACAGAUGGAAGCACGUCCUAUAGGUGUGAAUAAAAAGGACAGUUGUAGUAAAUUAUUAAAGCCAGUGAUAUUUCACGGCAGGUCACUCUACCAAGCUGUGCUUGUUCGUUCCCCAUGACCAUAAUGCUUUACUGUACAAAUAGUUACUGAACUGACGACGCCCUGUUUACACAUCAGUGACAGCCUUGCUGAGAACUGCAGUCAGUCCCUCUGCUGACGCUCGCUCGCUCGCUCGCUCGCAACAAGGUCCUGCCUGGAGCUUGGUGUACACUUCUGUGAAACAGAAGAGCUGUCUUUCCCCAGCACCAGGGACAAAGCCACCCAUAAACAAAUGGAAAGUCUUGGCUCUCUAGCCAGGGGUGGGGGGUCUCACUAGAACCCUUAGGAGGAGCCGAAAUGAUCUGCACUUGCCACCUGCACACAAUGCGAUGGUGGAAAAUCCAUCAAAGAACAACCGUAAGAUACUGACCAGCAGUUCAGGAGCAGAAGGAAUUAAUGCUGUGUAAAAUGGGUGGAAUUUGUUUCCUAGCCAUAUAAAGCCUGCUCAUACUCACCAGGAGGAAGGGAAGGGAGCGUUCUGGUCAGCUGUCGUCUUAGUUAUCUGAGUCUGGCUACAUUAUCAUGCUUGGAGAACCAAUUUAAAAGAAUUAGAAUAUGAUUUCUGAAUGCGCGUAACAUUAAACUCUUCUCUUUUUCUAUGAUAAUUUAGUUAUGGAUGUUCAGCAUCUCUGAGUCAUUGUUAUGAACGAUCUGUCAUCACUGUACCAUGCUGUAGGAGACUGGGCUGAACCUGUACAAUGGUAUACCCUGGAAGUUGCUUUUUUUUUUUUUUAAAUAAUGAUAAUAAAUACCUAAAAUCAGCUAUC